AUGACUGUUAUCACCUUGGAGACCAAGAAAAGACCGAAUAAAUCUGUGCCCAAACCACCACCUACCAAAGUCGGAGAAGGAAGUAAAAAAACUAAAGGAAAGAAGAGCAAAUCCAAACGGAAGGUUCUUGAUAAAGGACCAGAUAGGGCACCUGCUGAUAUUCUGGAUCCAGCAGCAAUGAAUAAUCUUCACCUGAUUGCUCACAAUGCCCCAGAAGCUCUUGCCUACCGUGGUUUCAAUUGGUCUGGGAAUAAAAAGAAGAAAGGGAAAAAACAAAAAUAA